AUGUCAUCAUCCCUUUUAUUUCUUUCUCUUUCUCUUUCAUUUAUUAUUUUAUCAUUUUUAAUUUCAAUAUCAAUUUCAUUACCAAUAACUAUAUAUGUAAAUAAUCAAUCAUUAAAUACAAAUACAACAUGUGGAAUUGAUAAUUCAACUGUAAAUGCAUGCUCGGAUAUAUCAAGUGCUUUGAUUGCAUUUAAUAGUAACGCAGGCUCUAUAGUUGAUGGAGUAACACAAGACCUUAAUAUUGUCAUGUCUGCUGGUACCUAUUUAGGUGACAAUAAUGCAAACUUUACAAUCUAUAAUCAAUCGGUUUCUAUUGAAGCAGAUAAUAUUGGAACUGUCACUAUUGAUAUGUCCAAUACAACGGCAACCUAUUUUAUUCAAGUAUCGGUCAAUCAAUCAUUGCCAGAGGAUAUGACCGAGAUUGUUUUGUCAAGACUGUCAUUUACUGGAUUGGAUUUGUCAAGAUCAAAUACUACAUCUGGUGGUAUUCUAGUAUCUACUACAGUAUCUACAGAGGUACUAGUCAAUUUUGUACAAUGUCAAUUUACAAAUAUAUUUACUGCCAAUAGUGCUUUAAUAUCUCUUCAAUCAAUGUUGGCUGUUAAUCAAUACCUCUUGAUUGAUCAAUGUAUAAUGACCAAUGUUUCAUCAAACGAGGUCAUCAUUGCACCUCAAAAUGUUGGUUUCAAUCUUACCAAUUCACAAUUCACCGCCAACAAUGGUAUCUUUUUGGUUCAACAUAUGUGGGGUCUACCAAUCAUCGUCAAUAAUACAUUUAGUAAUAAUAAUUUUACAAAUCUUAGUGCUGGUGCAUUAUUUUUGUUUGGGUAUAUUACAAGUCCAACAUCUCAAAUUGCCAACAAUACAUUUACAUCGAAUCAAGUGUAUGGUGCCAUUAUCAUGUCGGUUAGAUCAAGACUAUUCGUUUCAAACUGUCUCUUUACCAAGGCCAUCAAUACCAAUGGUAUCAUUGUAGGUGAUGGUUCAGUACUCUACCUAUCAAAUAGUAGCUUUAUCUCCAACUCUGCUUUAAAGUAUGGUCAAAUUUAUGCUACCGAUACUUCGUCUAUCGUCAUUUCAAACAGUAGCUUUGUUGGUAAUUCUGCCAUCAAUGGUAGUGCCAUCUCUGCAUUGGCCACUUCAAGCUUUGCAAUUGACUCGACCUACUUUACGGAAAAUGUAGCAACUGGUAGUGGAGGUGCAAUCAAUUCAAAAGCUACCACACAAUUUACUAUUACCAACUCUAAAUUUAGUAACAAUAGUGCAAACAACGUUGGAGGUGCAAUCUUUUCAAGUUCUAGUUCCUAUUUUAAUAUUUCAACUUCAGUAUUUAAUGGUAAUAGUGCAGGUAGUGGUGGUGCUAUUGAAUGUAACAAUUCAACCAUUGUAGCUCAAAAUGUUCUAUUUGAUGAAAACAUUGACAAGAAUAGUAAUGAAACUUCGGAUUUGGUAUCUUGUGAAAAUAAUAAUUGUAAAGUUUCUGGUAAUAGUAAUCAUAAUUAUUGUUUGGCAAAUAAUGGUGAUGAUAAUGGUUAUGGUGAUGGUUUACCUAAAAAGGUUGUUGUUGGUAUUAUUAUUGGUGUAGUGGUUGGUGUUUUAAUAUUGGCUUUGAUAGUUUAUAUUAUUUAUAAACGUAGAAAGAAUCAAUUAAAAUAUGCUACAAAUUAUCAUUAUUCAAAUGUUCACUAA